UUUUGGGAGUGAGUGCGGCGGGAAGAUGGCGGAUGAUCGGAAACGGGCGGAUAACGCUAAGCAUCGGCGGGGCGAGCAGCUCAAGCGCUGGUUGGGCUCCGAGACUGACCUGGAGCCCCCCGUCUUCAAGAAGAAGAAGACCCGAGUCAAGUUCGACGACGGCGCCGUGUUCCUGGCCGCCUGCUCGAGCGGCGACACCGAGGAGGUGAAGCGGCUGCUGGACCGCGGGGCUGACAUCAACUACGCCAAUGUGGACGGGCUGACGGCGCUGCACCAGGCUUGCAUUGAUGAGAACCUUGAAAUGGUGAAGUUUCUGGUGGAGCACUAUGCAGACACUAAUCAGCCAGAUAAUGAGGGCUGGACCCCGCUGCAUGCUGUAGCAUCCUGUGGAUAUAUAAAUAUAGCUGAGUAUUUAAUAAAUAAUGGAGCCAGUGUCGCUGCUGUUAACAGUGAAGGAGAAAUCCCAUCAGAUAUUGCAGAGGAAUCAGCAAUGAAAGAGCUUUUACAAGAUGAAAUUAAUAGGCAAGGAAUUGAUGUUGAGGCUGCAAGGAGGGAGGAAGAACACAGAAUGCUCCAGGAUGCCAGGCAGUGGUUGAACAGUGGCAAAAUAGAAGAUGUAAGGAACACUAAAUCAGGUGGCACAGCUCUGCAUGUGGCUGCUGCAAAAGGCUAUUUGGAGGUCUUAAAGCUACUGAUACAGGCUGGAUAUGAUGUAAAUGUCAAGGAUAAUGAUGGGUGGACUCCACUGCAUGCUGCUGCUCACUGGUGCAAAGAUGAAGCCUGUAGAAUCCUUGUGGAGAAUUUUUCUGACAUGGAGGCUGUUAACAAAGUGGGUCAGACUCCUUUUGAUUUAGCAGAUGAAAGCAUUGUUGAGCUUUUAGAGGAACUCCAGAAGAAACAGAAUAUUCUUCGCACUGAGAAACGAGCUGAGAGAUCAACGCUCAUUGAAUCAACUGUAAAUUGCAAACUACAGACCAAGCACUUGAGUAAAGACACUCUAUUUUCUGAAGAAAAAGAAACAAAGUGCAAAUCACCUGAGCAAGAAAAGGUUGAUGAAGAGCGUAAAAAAGAUGAAUCCAGCAGCUCCAGUUCUGAGGAGGAGGAUGAUGCCACCGAUUCUGAGUCAGACAUAGAUGCAGAAAAAUCAAAACCAUCUGUCAAAAAUAACAUAAAUAGCAAAUUGAACAGUAGAGGCUUGCAGCUUGCUCCAAAUGCAGUACAGUCCAUGCGAUACACAACUACCACUGCAACAAGAAAGAUUAUUAGCCCUUUUAUUAAAUCUACUGCCAAAGAUGAAGAAGGAAAAGAUGAAUCCCCAGCAUCUUGGAGACUGGGGUUGAGGAAAACUGGAAGCCAUGAUGCACUGAGUGAAAUCAGUAGUUCCCAAGCACUGAAAGAGAAGGACACAUUUGGGAUUAUCCGGUCUGCUUCAAGUCCUCGUCUUUCAACCAUAAUUGAUAACCGGGAAAAGGAUAAAGAUAAUAAAACUAGGCUUGUGUAUGUUGCACCAACAAUCCCUAACAGAAGACUGCACAGCACAUCUGAUAUUGAAGAAAAGGAAAAUAGGGAAUCAGCAGCUAGCCUGGUACGAAGUGGUUCUUAUACAAGACGACAGUGGAAGGAUGACCUCAAGGAUAUAAAUCAUGUGGGAAGUGAAGGCAGCAUGUCUGUAAAUGCAUCAACCACAAAUGCAAUGCCUUUGUAUCAGCGAAGUGCCUCAUUUACUAGAAGAAAAGAUGACUUGAACAGUUCCUCCAUUUCAGUCAUUCCCAUCACCACCUCAGUUACCUCAGCUGCUACUAUAGCAACAGUUAUUUCAGCUACUGGUCAGCAACCCAGCCGAAAUACCAUCAUCUCUCCCUUCUUCUCUUCCUCUUCCAUCUUAAAUAGUGUUGUUUCCACAGCAGCGAGCCAGCAGGGCAGGUCGUACCUCACUCCUGUCCGAGAUGAGGAAGCAGAAUCGCAGAGAAAAGCUCGAUCCAGGCAGGCCAGGCAGACAAGGAGAUCAACACAGGGUGUAACACUAACGGACCUGCAGGAAGCUGAGAAGACAUUCAGUCGAUCUCGUGCUGAGAGACGAGCUCGGGAACAGCAGGAGAAAGACGAAAAGGAAAAGCAAGAUGUAGAAAAGCAGAAUGAGAAAGAAAAGACAUUAAUUACACAGGAUACAGAAGAUUACAGGCAAAGAUUGAGUAGAAGCCAAGAGGAAGAGUCUGGGUUUCGCCAAUCACGAUAUACAUCGCAACCAGAUAGUCCAGUCGCACCUCUCACGUCGCCUUCUACAUCAGGCAGCUUCCUGUAUUCAGGCACCGAACAAAAUCGCCUGAAUGGAGUUAUAGAUCAAGCACCUUACAUCUCGCACUCAAGGACUUUAUCCAAGGAAAUGGAGAGCAAUGAUGACUCUGAGAAAACAAAUGAAGAUGACAAAGAUGUCAAUGACAGACAACUGUCAAUAAGAGAAAGACGACGACCAAGGGAGAAGAGACGAUCUACUGGUGUGUCAUACUGGACUCAAGACGGUGAUGAAAAUGAUGGAAAAGGGGAAGAGAAAGACAUCCGGAAGGUCAUAAGUUCACCAUGGAUCUGUAAACAAGCAGGCCUCUUCCAAGAAAUCGCCUGACCUAUAUGGAACUUGAGAAAGAGUUGUUUGUUUAGGUUGAACUGCAAAGCAUUUUAAUUGAUGAAAAGCUGGGAGACAAAAAGGCAAUCACAUGGGACAGAGGAAAAAAAGACUUGAAUUGUGAACCUGCUGGUUUUGAAGGCUGUCUUGUUGGAGGGCAAGCUGAGGAAAGAAGGUUACCUUGACUGGCUCCCUCUCUCUCUACCUUGCCUAAAAUUGUGAGGCUAUCAACCUGUCACCAGAGAACCCUCAUCUAAGUGUAACUAGUCUGCAUUUGGACUGCAAAGCUGGGAGUAGGUGAGAACUUCCAGGCAUCCACCGGGACCAGUGACCCAUCUGCACACAAGGGAACUCCAGGUUGACAGCGUCGAGACCCUGCAGACUUUAUCCUUUAUUUUAUAACGUCCAUCCCCCAAAGCCCGUCUCUGCAAAGAGACUAAAUCUAUUUGUCCUUUGUUGUGCGCACACUGGGGAAGCUUUAGGAAGAGAUAAAUAGUUAUACUUCCCGAUUGCAACUGCAUGUUAACCAGUAGGUGUCAGUUGUUAAAAGAAGUUUUGUCUUAAAAUAGAUUAAUCAUUGAGUUUUCAAAAGAAGCCUGGUCAGAGUCUCUGAUUUGCCCUGAAUUCUGCCCAGUCUUGAGCCUAUGUAUUUUGUUACUUAAAGGUUAAACGCCGGGGGGUGAGGGGGCUCUGGUUGCCUUAUUGGAAAGGAAGUGCAAGAUAUUCUUACUUGUCGACAAUGGCAAGAGCAUCUGUGCUGACCCUGGGUAGACUGUUAGUCUGCAAAUCUCACAUGGCAGUGUUAGGAAUGUCAGAUUUUAUAAAUGGUUAUACUUUAAACUGCAUUUAAUUUCAAGAGAGAUUGAAGUUUGGUGUCUAAAGGAUAGCUGGUUAGCAUUUCUACCUGGACACCAGUUUCACAUGAUUCAUAUUACCACAAGGAUGGGUUUUUGGAAGGAACAGUAUAUAGAAACCCGUUGUAGGAUUAGGUUGCAGGUCUUCUAAGAUAUCCCUGACCCUCUCAGACAUAGUGUGCAAUAACCUGAGAGAGACCAGAGAUAGAGACAGCCAGUCUCCAUUCAUCAUGCAGAAUGCAGGUGGGAGCUUGCGCUCGAGUUGAAGAGAUCAAGUUUGUAAGGAUCUAAAUGAGGCAGGGAAAUUCGCCUAGUUUUGGUUAGAGGGAGGAACCUUCAGGGUAACCCUACCAGGAAAAUGCGUCCCAGGGUCAGGAGUUACCUGGCUGGUGGAGUAUCUCAAACUCUGCUACUUGAAAACCACAGUGCCUGAAAACUGGAUGUUUUGAUAAUGUUUCAUGCACCAAUUUUAAUUGAGUAACAUUUAAAAAAAAACUGAACUGGCAGUUUGUUUAAGUGCUGCAUUGGCACAGUGUGGCUUUAGACUAGUUACUGGCUUUGUGUGCUGCUCUAUCCUGUGCUUCAAGUGACCCUUGACCCCACCUGAACCAGUAUGACCCGAAUUGCCCACAGCCUAACCUGCCCAAUCUGAAAUCUGGCAUGGCCUCAGCCCCAAGGGUGCCAGAUUUGGGGUACUGUACUUGUUCUAUGUAUUAGUGAAGAAUUUGUUUAGAUUCGGUAAUCCAGUGGCUUCUUUUCCAUCUGAUGGCCAGAAUUAGAGUAAAUGCACACAGAUCAAACUUGAUCAGUCGCAUAUAAGAUGUUGCAUCUGACCUACUGAGUUCAAACAUCUGCACCAAUCCCAGUAAAAGCCAUGAAUGGCUCAGGCACUUGGCUCCUGGCUAACUGUGAUGAAAAUCUGGUAUUGUUCCAUACUGUUGACUAUAAAAUGAAACACUAAUUGUUUUUAAUGGCUUUAAUCAAUUGUCAGACUUUAUCUUAGAGGUACCUAGAUGUUACUGCCAACGACUUAUCAGCCUGGUGCUCUCAUGAAGACAUUCUCAGGGUCUAGAAAGAACAUUGUGCUGAUUUAGUAUCUGACCUGACAUGCACUAGUGCAGACUUGUUUGCUUGGGCAUUGAAAAGCAAGUAGGACAUGCUCACAGUUAGAAGCCCUUAGCGUGUAAGUUCAGUGGAAGAAUGUGCACUCUGUACUACAUUUGGCCAUUGUCAACCUUACCCUCAUUCUGACUUCUCUGGAAGGCUCCAAAGUGGACUUGUAGAUUAUUAAGAUAAUUAAUAACCAGCACUGAGGCUUUUCAUAUCUUACAAACUUUAUUGUCUUCAAGGAAUGACCUUAACCCCAAAGCGACGCAAUUUUGAAUUUCUGCACCAGUUUCACCUUCCUAAAGUUAAUGAAGCCCUGUUCUCCCAUCAUUGACCUAACCAUCUAUCAGAUGCCAUUUUGUUUCCCUGGCAAAUUCUAUAUAGAUCUGGACCAUUCUCUUUCUCAAAUUUUGAAAUUUCUGCCUGUAGGCCUCUGGCACCAACUCAUAAGCAUCAAGCAUAGCAGUUUUUAUUUCCUUGCAAUCACAUAAGUGCUCUGCUGAAAGGGAUGAGCAAUUAAAGAUUCCACAGACAUUUUAAAGAAAUUACAAAUUUUCUUUACUGCUCUGCUUCUGGGUCAAAGGUUGUCACUAUAGAUUGGAUGAUGUGGGAAGCCUACAGAGUAAUUAAAAAGGAAGAAGCAAGAUUCUGCAUCUGAAGUAUGCGUAGAAGAAGUGUGAUUUGAAUAAAGUUGACUGAGGAGAAACCCAGUUAUCUUGAUUUCAUGCGUUUUCAUAAACUUUCAACUGAGCACCUCAUGGAGUAAUUUUUUAAGAUGCUGGAAGCACAUUGGCAAACCUUGGAUUUUGCCCAGUUUCUUUUCUAGCUUCAAGGUCCACAAAAUCAGGGCUUACUGAAGUUCCUCUACCUAAAGAAGAAGGUAGGUCCAACGUCGCCUAUCCUUUUUGGUCCCUUUAUCAGCAUUGCAUCGUUUAUCAUUGUGAGGGUUAGAAUUUGAGUGUCUGCCCUGGAUAUUUCUGUUCUGGAUAUUUUUGAAAUCAUUACAUGUUCCUUUAGUGUUUCUGGAAGAUUAGUGCACUCUUUUUAAAAUAAAUAAUUAAAUAAAUCUGAACCUUUGGCAUUACUGUCAAGGUUGUAGUUAUUGCUAAUCUUUAGCAACCCAGUAGCAAUUAGGAUACUUCAUGGGGUAAUUAAGAAUCAACCAUAUUGGUGUGGGACUGGAGUCACAAAUAGGCCAGGACCGGAUAAAAACAGCAGGUUUCCUUCCCUAAAAGACAUUGGUGUAGCAGAUGGAUUUUUACUGAUCUGACAGCUUCAUAAUCCAUUUUACUUGAAAAUCACCAUCUUGAUCAAUGGACUAUGCAGUAGGACCUGAUUGUGAAUCCUCUAAUUGCAAUGAUAUGGCUCUGCAAGUCCCAGGAGAGGAUGUUAAAGUUAUUCAUUUGCAGGUGCAGGCAAAUGUAACCAUUGUUUAUCUUGGUUGUUUCUUUUGUAUUGGUAUAUGCGGUUUUGGUGAAUCCAGUUUUCAGCCUGAUCUUCAGUAAUAGCAAAGUCCAAAACUGGGGGAGCUUCUGACAUAUAAGACAUGCUCAAACAGUCCUCCAAAAUUCUACCGAGCUUCUAGAGAUGCAACAGUCAAAAACCUGUUCACUUUGACUUCUUACAUAACAUUUUUACUAAUUUGUGAAGAGUAAAAGAAGCAAAUGUAAUUUUGUAAGUCAUAAGUUGUUGUGAAUGCAGUCCGGAUUUUAUUUGCAAUUAUUAAUAUCUACUUGAAUAUGUGUGUACAACUCUUCAAUAAAUGGAUUCUGAAAUG